AUGCCCAGCGCCGCGGGUGACCUGCUCUUCUGCCCUGACUGUCACCGCCGGACGGAGGUGGUGCUGGACCACGCCACCGGCGACACCAUCUGCACCGAGUGCGCGCUCGUCCUCGACGCGCACUACGUCGACGAGGGCAGCGAGUGGCGCAACUUCGCCGACGACGGCGGCGGCGAGGACCCCGACCCCAGCCGCGUCGGCGGGCGCAACGACCCCUUCCUCAACAACGCCCCGCUCGGCACCCGCAUCGUCUUAAACGGCCCGCAGAAGAUGCAGGGCGAGGGCGGCCACGCGCUGCCGAGGAUGCGGAUCAGCGGCGGGCCGGACCCCGAGCAGCCGCUGCUCGAGGCGUUCCGCGCCAUCGCCGACAUGGCCGACCGCCUUGGCCUCGUCGCCACCAUCAGGGACCGCGCCAAGGACGUGUACAAGAGGAUGGACGAGGCCAAGGCGUGCCCCCGGGGCAAGAAGCGGGACGAGUUCUACGCCGCCUGCCUUUUCGUCGCGUGCCGCAACGAGGGCAAGCCGCGGACGUACAAGGAGCUCGCCACGGCCACGAGCGCCGGCGCCGGCGCCAAGAAGGAGGUCGGCAGGAUGACCACGCACAUCAAGAAGGUGCUCGGGGAGGAGGCCGGCCAGGUGAUGGACAUCGGCGUCGUGCACGCCGCCGACUACAUGCGCCGCUUCUGCUCCCGCCUCGGGAUGGGCAACCAGGAGAUGCGCGCCGCGCAGGAGGCGGCGCGGAGGCUGGACGAAUCCCUCGACGUGCGCCGCAACCCCGAGUCCAUCGCGGCCGCCAUCAGCUACAUGGUCGUGCAGCGUGCCGGCGCCAGCAAGACCGUCCGGGACGUGUCCAUGGCCACCGGCGUCGCCGAGGCUACCAUCAAGGAGGCGCACAAGGACCUUACCCCGCACGUCGAGCUGCUCUUCGCCUAGAACGCGUCUC